AUGGCCGCCGCCCGAGGAGACUACACUCGCGUCCCCGUCGAGGAGGGCGUCGAGCUCAAGAAUGCCCAGCAGCGCUCCCAGUCGCCCCAGCCGAGGGCACCAGCACCCCGCCAGGGCGAGGAACCGCCCGCGAGCCGCGCCAUGGUCGUCUUCUCGGUCGGCUUCUACCUCGUCGCCGCGAUUGUCAUGAUCAUGGUCAACAAGUGGGUGCUCAACAAGAUCCAGAUCCCUCUCUUCUUCCUCUUCUGCCAGCUCGGCAUCGCCGUCAUCCUCCUCCAGCUGUGCGCCCUCUUUGGCUACAUGAAGCUUCCGAGGAUCGACGUCACGGCGUGCAAGAGCUUGUGGCCCCUCAUCGCGUGCAACGUGCUCGGCCUCGCGUUCAACACCUACUGCCUGCAAUACGUCGACGCCUCGUUCUACCAAAUCGCGCGCGGCCUCGUCCUGCCGUUCACCGUCUUCUUCUCGUGGUACCUCCUCGGCUCCAAGUCGUCGCAGGCGACCCUGAUCGCCAUCGUCAUCGUCUGCAUCGGGUUCGGGUUCGGCGUCAGCGGCGAGAUCCACACGACCCUGCUCGGCACCAUGCUCGGCGUCGCGUCGUCCGUCACGACGGCCGUGCACGCCAUCGUCGUCAAGCGCAGCCUCGGCGUCGUCAGUGGCACGCUCGACCUCGCGUACUACUCGAACCUGCUGUCGGCCAUCGUCAUUGCGCCGUUCGUCAUCCUCAGCGGCGAGGUGUGGGUCGUGUUCGACAUGCUCAUGGGCACGGGCGAGGCCGGCGAGGGGUUCGGCACGUUCAUGACUGGCGCGCUCGUCACGGGCGUCUUUGGCUUCCUCAUCUGCAUCGCCGGCUUCCUCUCGAUCAAGGUCACGUCGCCCAUCUCGCACAUGAUCUCGGCAGCCGUUCGCGGCGUGCUGCAGACGUUCCUCAGCGUGUGGGUCUUUGGCGACAAGGUCACCUCCGGUCGCGGGUUCGGCAUCGUGUUCAUCCUCACGGGCUCGAUCUACUACGUCUACACCAAGUCGACGGAGCAGAGCGCGGCCCGUCCUGCGGCGCCGUCGGGCUCGCAGCUCGCGGCGCCGGCGCUCCCUCAACACCACCGCCCGUCGGUCGUGUCUGCUGGUCAGACGCCCGGCAUGGCGUACGUCGCGAGCUUGGGCCUGCAGGACAACGACGAGAAGGCGCGCCAGCAUGCGGCGUGA